GCACCAACCAGGAAGAGCGACAAGAAAAAAAUUAUUGAAAUUUUUGAGAGAUGCAGCGUUGAGCCAGGUGGCGUUGCGUACUUGUUUACACAUCCCUUUCAAUGUGACAAAUAAUGCUGAUAACUUUAUGCUACGUGUACCUGUGGGUGCGUUUUCAGCGAUGUUACACAUUAGUGAUCAAGAGUACCGUUCACAAGUUCUUCAGGAGCAACAGUUUUAUUUUCUGCAGCAUCGUGAAGCCUAAGACGUUGCAGACACAGCAAAGUUUCAGUCCGCAUGAAGGCGCCGUGUGCCUAAAGCUGGGUACCAAGGGGUUUUUUGUUACCAGCUCUCAGCUGUGUUAUGAUCUGAGAAACUGGACUCUGCUACCUAGGUCGUCUUUGAUAUACUUCAAUUCUGGACCAAGAACAGAACAAGUAACAUUUGUCGUUGAAGCCACAUCAGGGUAUGAAUUGAACGCACAUACUGUACCAUCCAGGAAAAUUCUCAAGUUCUCAGACUACUGUUCACCUUUAGCUUGUAGUCCUGGAGAUCCAUUCAAGUUAAUUGCACAGGCAAGUGUGGAUAAUUUCAGUAAGCUUGGAGCUGCCUUUAUGGAAGAUAGAUUACAAAUGGAUGAUGGAAUGGUUCCUGAUAAAAUAGUGUCUGUGCAGCUUGAACAGUCUGCUUUGACAGAACUUGAAGAAAAUGAUCAUGUAAUUGCUAAGAAAAAUAAUGUGAAUUCUGUGGAGGGAACUGAUAUUGAAACAUCAGAGCAUAAACAGAUUUCAUCAGAAUUACUUGAGGAAUGCUCUGAGCAGCAAAGUACUUAUCCACAAAGAAAUGUUCAGCUUGUGGAACACUUUGAAAAGGACCAAAAUGAACUGCAAGUAAAUGAAUUUGAAUCCAAAGAGGACCAUCAUUCAGAAGGGCAUCAUCUGCAUCUGUCCAGCUGCCAUGAAUGCCUUGAACUUGAAAACAGCACCAUUGAGUCAGUAAAGUUUGCUUCUGCAGAGAACAUUCCUGAUUUACCAGAUGAUUAUGCAGGUUUUGACACUGAAGCAGUGAGCUACACUGUCCAGUCCAAGCGAGUUAAUAUUAGUGGGAAGCCACCCAACAUUCUGAUAUUCACAGGCUCACACAAAAAUGAGGCAUUAAAAAAAUACCUGCAAGUGAAGAAUGUCAUUGGUGAGUGCAUCAGCAUGGACAAUUACAUAAUAUAUCAAUUGCAAGAAGAACAAAUAUUGAAAGAUCCAUGGAUUGAAAAUGCUUUGCUUGUUGUUCUCGCCACUGAGCAACCAAUUCCUGAGGAUCUGCACAAAAAAUUCUUGACCUACCUCUCCAAGGGAGGAAAGAUACUAGGUCUGUCAUCAUUAUUCUGCUUUGGUGCAGUGCACAUUAAUCUUAAAGACUCCCUAAAUUCUAAAAUUUCUAAGAUGUGUUAUACCAAAGCUGAUGAGUCAGAUGUGGAAUUAAAUGUAUUGACGAGUGGAAAAACCUUUGAAAAGGAGACCGAUGCUGACAAAUUAUAUGAUGUUGAAUUAUGGGGACAUUUGUUGAACAAGGAUAAAGACAUGAUGAUUGUUCGCAUGCCUUAUGGGAGUGAAGGUGGAGAAUCUAUCUUGUGCCAGGUACGUCUAGAAGUGGCACCUGACUGUGCAGAUGUAAAGAAUCCAGAUGAAUUCAAUAUGCUGAAGGUCAGUAAUGCUCUGCGAUAUGAAAUCCUCACCGAAAUUUUGACUGCUCUUGGCUUGAACUGUGAACUGAGUGAAGUGCCUCAACCAAGCCCUUUAUACCUUAUUGCUAGAGAUGAGGAAGUACACAAUUAUUUCUUAAAGUGGUUGACAACCAGACUGGAUAUUGAAAAUAUACUGAAGAGUCCCAAACUUUCUCUUAAAGUUACUACAAAACAUGAACCAAAGAUUGAGCCAGCAGAAGAUUUAAUUCCUUUGAUUACCCAGUUCUUUGAUUUUUGCUCUGAACAUUUUAACCAUCAUUUGUACUAUGAAAAUCUACAGACAAAGUAUUUGGGGAAAAUUGUACUUUUUGCUGAAGUGACUCCAACAACCAUGGACCUUCUUGACGGGUUGAUGCUUCACUUGCCACAGGAAAUGGGGUUAAUAGCUAUAGCCACUCGGCAGACAAAAGGCAAAGGUCGUUCUGGAAAUGUAUGGCUGAGCCCUUUAGGUUGUGCCAUGUUUACCCUGUAUGUUAACAUUCCAUUGGAGUCCAAAUUAGGCCAAAGGCUGCCUUUUCUACAACAUCUGGUGGCCCUUGCUGUGGUGGAGGCAGUACGUACAUUACCUGGAUAUGAGGAUAUUAACCUACGAGUGAAGUGGCCAAAUGACAUUUACUACUCUGACUUGAUGAAACUGGGUGGUGUUCUGGUUUCUUCGACAAUAAUUGGUUCAACAUUUCAUGCUCUAGUGGGUUGUGGAUUUAAUGUGAGCAACAGUAACCCUACGAUUUGCAUUAAUGAUCUCAUAGUUCAAUAUAACAAGGAAAAUAGAACAGAUCUAAGCACUCUCUCAGUGGAACAGCUAAUUAGUCGGACUGUAACUAUACUUGAAAAUCUUAUAAGUGCAUUCCAGGAAGAAGGCCCCAGUGGUGUCCUGCCUGUUUACUAUAAGAGAUGGAUACACAGUGGUAGCAAAGUACAGCUCUGGAGUGAACAAGGACCACAGGCAACAGUUACUGGUUUGGAUGACUAUGGAUUCUUACAAGUUCAGAAGAGUGAGACAGAUAUUGUAUCUGUUCAGCCAGAUGGGAAUUCCUUUGACAUGCUACGAAAUCUCAUAAUUACCAAAGAGCAUUAAACAUUGUUUUUCAUGUGUCUACAAAGAUUUUAUGAUGUUUAAGUGUAGUAAGUUAUUAGUGAGCUACAUUCAGCACUUAAGAAAUUUCUACAGUUGCAUUUGUAUUAAACACAGUACUUGUUUCAGCUUUUUUAGAAAUUCACUGUAUUUACAAAAAUGCUGUGUACACUAUGUGUACAUAUACAUACUUAAAACAAAUAUAUAAAUAGGCAGAGCACAAAUGAAAAUAACUUUGUUUUUAUGCAUGAUGCAUUUUAACAUUGUGAAAAUGUACUCAUUUUAUGUAAGGCUCCUAGCUAUAACAUUUAAAAGGUUGAUCUGACUGCUUAUAUGCAUAAUUAAUAAUAUAUACAGUAUCCUUGCAUAAGUGUACUAUGCUGUACAUUUUGAUUAUACUGUUAACUUUCCCAAGUAAAGAUCUUUAGUCUGUGAAGUGUACUCUUUAUUGAGUGUAUGUUUUGCUGAUAAUUGUACUAAUAUUUUUCUUUUAAGUUGCUGGUCAUUUUCUUCGAAACCUCUGACAUUGAUCAUUGCUGGAAAUUUGGUGGUUGUGUGUCACCUGUGCAUGAUUGCUUUUUAGAUGAGGACAUCAUCCACAAAGUAGUUCCUGAUGUGUUGUUUCUGAAUUCCACUAAUAAACAAAUAGUUGUCAAAUCAAA